GACGCUGUAGAGGUAAUUUUGCACCGGCGAGCAAUAAGAAUCAGGGAGGCGACGCGAGACGAGGAGGCGAGGAAUUCCGGGGAAUAAUCUUAAUUUUUCCUCGAGUUCUUCUCCGAUCCUUCUUCGUCAUACAGGAGCCUUCCAGAUUGUUAUCGAUCCGUGGAACUGAUCAAUUUGUUUCUAGGGUUCCCCAAUCUACUCGCUGCCAGAUCGUUUUUUCUCUGAAUCCAACGAUCUCCUUCCCCGUGGAUGUAUCUUCUCUUCUCCGAGGUCGAUUCGGGUGCGAAGGAGCGUUUCCAGUUUCCUGGCAUCCGAUCCUCGUGCUCGCUCCUUUCCCUCGGGAAAGACCUCUUCUUUUGCCUCCAUAAAGAUCGAUGGGAUAAGGAAUUCGCUAAUUUGCAGGCGGGGUAACUGAACAUUGCUUUGCUCCGCUUCUAGCUGCAGUGAUGGAUUCUUCCCCAAAGUCGACGAUGACCUCUGCAGCAGCAGACGUAGAUGUCUGCACGCUGGAUUGGAUGCCUGUAUAUGUCAAGGAAUUGAUUGCCGGAGGUGCUGCUGGAGCAUUUUCGAAGACGGCUGUGGCACCACUAGAGCGUGUCAAGAUUCUAAUGCAGACAAGAACUGAAGGAUUUAAAACUCUUGGAAUUUUACAAUCUUUGAGGAGGUUGAAGCAGCAAGAAGGAGUUUUAGGGUUCUAUAAAGGAAAUGGUGCAAGUGUGCUGCGAAUAGUCCCUUAUGCUGCACUUCAUUUCAUGGCAUAUGAACAAUAUCGUUGUUGGAUAUUGAAUAAUCAUUCUUCAAUAGUUUCGGGACCAUUCGUAGAUCUUUUGGCGGGUUCAGCUGCUGGUGGUACUGCUGUUUUGUGUACCUAUCCUUUAGAUUUAGCUCGGACAAAGCUAGCUUACCAGGUAAAUAACCCAGCGAGAUUUGGCAAUGCUUCAAUGUUAGGCACCCAGCCUACCUAUAGUGGUAUAAAAGAUGUAUUUAGGAAGGUUUAUCUGGAAGGUGGUAUCAGAUCUCUUUAUCGAGGAGGAGCUCCCACACUUAUUGGCAUCCUUCCCUAUGCUGGUCUGAAGUUUUACAUAUACGAAGAUCUUAAGGCUCGGGUACCUGAAGAAUACAGAAAUUCUGUAGUUCUGCGUCUCUCCUGUGGUGCUUUGGCUGGUUUAUUUGGACAAACUCUCACGUAUCCACUAGAUGUUGUCAGGAGGCAGAUGCAGGUACAAAAUCAACAAUUGCCAAAUCACUUAGAUGCCCCACCGAUCAGAGGAACGAUGCAAGGGCUUUCAUUCAUUGUGCGGAACCAGGGAUGGAGGCAGUUGUUUGCUGGUUUGAGCCUCAACUAUGUUAAGGUUGUUCCUUCAGUUGCAAUUGGAUUCACGGCAUACGACGUCAUGAAGACUUUUCUAAGAGUUCCUCCUCGGGAAAAAUCUUCUUCGCCUCCUAAUGCCUGAAGUAAUUGAAUUAAUGAUACUAUUAUUACUGGUUUACGAAUGGAAGAAUCACACUUUCACCUCCUCGCAGUCAUUAUUGUUUUGACAAUAUGUGUGACUCGUAAAAAGUUUGCUUUGUUAUUUUUUUCUUCUUUAAUUCC